AUGCCUGCCUAAACAAUUCAUCUUUUUCCUAACCCUUGUACCACCCUGCGUGCCUUGCCCCCAACUACUACUUCCAUUUGAAUCCCAUAGCAUACUCUGUCAUGGCCUGAAUAAAAUCGAGAACUUGCCCUAGGCUGAGAGGCAAGGUGUUGCCCCUUUAACUGCUAUUUUAAAUCACACACCAAUCAAGCAUAAGGAAAAGCAACACCACUUCUCCUGGGAAAUUUUGUGCUCUGAGCCUUAUGUGUGAUGGCAUGGAUGGAGUGAAGUGGACCUUAGGGAACUGAUCAAACAAGACACAUUUUUGCCUCCUUUUUCCUGCCUUGGAUACCUGCUAAUGGAGGGCAAAAGGUCAGAAGAAUGAACUUUUUUCCUAGGGACCAGGCAACUCCCAGGUAGAUUAAAACAGAGGCAAUCCUACAGGAAAUUGAUUUUUGGUUUUGUAUUGGAAGAAUACCAGGGAAUAUAUAAGCACCAUCUUACCUGCUUCCCUAAACUGCCACUGUAACUACAUGAAAUCAAUUUCCUCCAUCUGGUAGCAAUCUCUCUAGAACAGUGGGAACAUCUACUCUCUCAGAGCUGAACUCAUUCAUCCAGUAUGGUGUUAACUUACCUAUCUGUGCUGAUUUGUCCUGUAAAGUCUCCUCUUUGUGAUGUGUGGCUCAUGUGGUAGAGAAAGAAUUGAAUCUUUUCCAAGUGAGAGAGGACAAGCAAGUCAGUCUGAGAAAAUGAACGACCGCUUGCUUCCCAGGCUGUGUUUGUGCAGGGUGCAAAAUGCAGAACUCCAGGUGUGACCUUCCAAGGGUGGUGCAAGGUUUCCUCCAGCAGCAGGCUCGGCAGGGGUGUGUCCUGCCUUGUGCAUGAGUCAGCGUGCAAGUGGUUAAAUUGGUGAGCCUUGGCUUUCCUGGCUAGAGCAUCCAGCCUCCAAGAGUUAACCUGCAGCACUGCUCAGAAGAGCAGGGGCAGAGGAUACACAAGCAUCCUAGCACUCUGGCUUGCAGGGGAAUGACAUGCGGUUUUGAGCAAGCAGCAGCCGCAGCAGGUCUGGGGUUGUCUUGUUCCUGUCUAUAGAAGCCAGAUGUUUUGAUGGGCAUCAUAAGUCCCCUGGUCUCAACAUCUUAUCUCUACUGGCUCUGCCGCAGGACUCGGCAUCAACUCAGUUCAGACCCCUUGAUUGUCAAGCAGAUUUCAGGAAGUGCUGUGAAGUCUAAACCCUGUAACGUGCAAGUGGACAGGGGCGAGAUUCUGGAUGGCCACCUGCUUCACUGGGACGUGGCAGCUCUUGUGAGUGGUGGAACCAGGAAAAAUGGCCAAGCGAAGUUUCUCCGCGUUGGAGGCAUUCCUGAUUUUCCUCCUUGUGAUGAUGGCUGCCAUUACUGUGGCCCUUCUCAGCCUCUUGUUUAUCACCAGUGGAACCAUUGAAAACAACAAAGAUUCAGGGAACCUUGAUUUUUCAACCAGCCAAAGCCCUCCAGCCACACAGGGCCCUGCAGCCACCCAAUCUGCUCCAGUGACCUGCACCCCGGAGCUUCAGAACUUCAGUGGUUACCAUAUUGGUGUUGGACGAGCUGACUGCACAGGACAAGUAUCAGAUAUCAAUUUGAUGGGCUAUGCCAAAAGCGGCCAGAAUGCGCGGGGCAUCCUCACGAGGCUGUACAGCCGGGCUUUCAUCGUGGCGGAACCUAAUGGGUCAAAUCGAGUGGUGUUUGUCAGCAUUGACAUAGGCAUGGUAUCGCAGCGACUCAGGCUGGAGGUCCUGGAUAGGCUGCAAAGCAAAUAUGGCUCCCUGUACAGAAGAGACAACGUUAUCCUGAGUGGCACUCACACGCACUCAGGUCCUGCUGGCUAUUUCCAAUACACUGUAUUUGUGAUCGCCAGUGAAGGAUUUAGCAAUCGAACUUUUGAGUACAUGGUCAAUGGCAUUAUGAAGAGCAUUGAGAUAGCACAUACAAAUAUGAAACCAGGCAAAAUCUUCAUCAAUAAAGGAAUUGUGGAUGGUGCACAGAUCAACCGAAGCCCUUAUUCUUAUCUUCAGAAUCCACAGUCAGAGAGAGCAAGGUAUUCUUCAAAUACAGACAAAGAAAUGGUCGUCUUGAAAAUGGUGGAUUUGAAUGGAGACGACUUGGGCCUUAUCAGCUGGUUUGCCAUCCAUCCAGUCAGCAUGAACAACAGCAACCAUCUUGUAAAUGGCGACAAUAUGGGCUAUGCAUCUUACCUUUUUGAGCAAGAGAAGAACAGAGGAGAUCUACCUGGGCAGGGACCAUUUGUAGCAGCUUUUGCUUCAUCAAACCUAGGAGACGUGUCCUCCAACAUUGUUGGCCCACAUUGCAUCAACACCGGAGAGUCUUGUGAUAACGCCAAUAGUAGUUGUCCUAUUGGUGGGCCUAAUAUGUGCAUAGCAACGGGACCUGGCCAGGAUAUGUUUGAUAGCACACAAAUUAUAGGACAAAUCAUAUAUCAGAGAGCAAAGGAUCUGUAUAUCUCUGCCUCCCAGGAGGUGAAGGGACCAGUGGCCUCGGCCCACCAGUGGGUCAAUAUGACAGAUGUGACUGUCUGGCUCAAUUCCACACAUGCAGUAAAAACCUGUAAACCGGCACUGGGCUACAGUUUUGCAGCUGGCACAAUUGACGGAGUUGGAGGCCUCAAUUUUACACAGGGGAUGAAAGAAGGGGAUCCCUUUUGGGACACCAUUCGAGACCAGCUCCUGGGCAAGCCAUCUGAAGAAAUCAAAGAAUGUCAAAAACCAAAGCCAAUCCUUCUUCAUACUGGUGAGCUCUCAAAACCUCACCCCUGGCAUCCAGAUAUCAUUGAUGUUCAGAUUAUUACUAUUGGGUCCUUGGCCAUAACUGCCAUCCCUGGGGAGUUUACAACCAUGUCUGGACGAAGACUUCGAGAGGCAGUUCAAGCAGAAUUUGCAUCUUAUGGCAUGAAGAACAUGACUAUUGUUAUUUCAGGUCUAUGCAAUGUUUAUACACAUUACAUUACCACUUAUGAAGAAUACCAGGCUCAGCGAUACGAGGCAGCAUCUACAAUUUAUGGACCACAUACUCUGUCUGCUUACAUCCAGCUGUUCAGAGGCCUUGCUAAGGCCAUUGCUACAGACACAGUAGCCAACCUGAGCCAAGGCCCCGAGCCUCCGUUUUUCACACAGCUUAUAAGCCCGUUAAUUCCUAAUAUUGCAGAUAGAGCACCAUUAGGCAGAAAUUUUGGGGAUGUCCUACAGCCAGCGAAACCUGAAUACAGAGUGGGAGAAGUUGUUGAAGUUGUAUUUGUAGGUGCUAACCCAAAGAAUUCAGCAGAAAACCAGACCCACUCAACCUUCCUCACUGUGGAAAAAUAUGAGGACGCUUCAGCAACGUGGCACAUAGUGUAUAAUGAUGCUUCAUGGGAGACUCGUUUUUAUUGGCACAAGGGAUUACUGGGUCAGAGCAAUGCAACGAUAGAAUGGCAUAUUCCAGACACUGCCCAGCCUGGGAUCUACAGAAUAAGAUAUUUUGGACACAAUCGGAAGCAGGAACUUCUGAAGCCAGCUGUCAUACUUUCCUUUGAAGGCACUUCUUCUGCUUUUGAAGUUGUAACUACUUAGAGGAAAGUUGGCAUGUCAUUUAAAGGAUAGCUUUUCUCUGUGUAUGUUAUAUGACUGAUUUCACAUGAGUGUGAACCACCAUGUUGACUUCUAUAAUUGUCCCUGUGUAGGGACAGAUAAUUUACUGCUAAUAGGACUGGGGAUGGGAGACAGAGGGAGAGAGGGAGAAGAAAAGAAGAAAAGGGAGACUGAUAGGAGGAGGGACAGGGACUGAGAGAGAAAAAUCCCAUUGAUGCACUUUUUUCUUGCCCAACAGCCUUGUACCCUGUGGUCUACAACUUAAAAGCGUGGUUUAUCUUGAGGUCUUGUGAUUGAAGAACAGUUGCCUUGAAUAUGAAACUUCCAAAAUGUUAGAGUAUUCAAAGCUGUGUGAACAAUAUUUAACCUGUUUAUUUAUAGAAUCCUUGGAUGUUCACCCUGAAAACCUUUAUAGACAUUGUAUAGUUUGAUCCUUUAUUUUACAAAUAGGAAAAAUGAGGUUUGUGGACUUAAAAUUACAAUGAUGUUCUAGGACCUUUUCUUCCAAUUCCAUUUGAAAAUUAUUAUAUAAACCUUAACCAUAAAUGUAUGCACCCAAUUAGAGAAACAGGAAAUUAGCAUGGCAGCUUUUCUAUAUUCAGAUGAGCAUGGCUCUUCAAAGCAGUCACCCUGGAGCUGACUUGCUUGGUCUAGAGUUGUUAAUUCUCAAGUCAUUUCUGAAAUUGUCUUCAGAGCCCAAUUAUGAAAACAGUCACACUUGUAAUGUUUUGAUCAUGCCUUCUGUUUCCUUAAGUGUCCUUAUCUCACUGGAUUAUGUCUCUUAUUCCCAGGACUUAUUCUAAGUGAUUUUUUUUUACUCUUUUCAUAAAUCAAGUUCACCUAAAACCAUAAAGCUUUUGCAUUAGUUCUGAUAGUAAAAUGAUAAUGUUGCUGGCUUGGGAAAGCAGUCCAUAAUGGGGAGGUUCUAAACUAAUUUAUCUGUUCUUUUUUCAUUUGCUCACUCAUUCACUUGUGGAUCAUUCAAUUAUAGUAUAUUUAUUUAGACUUACAUCCCCUGUAUUAUACUAGUUCCUAGGUCUUGCUAAGCAAUGAGAUUGUAUUGUGUCAAAAGUGACUAUUUUAAUGGAAAAUAUUCAAUUUUUUAUAAUAAUUCCAGAGAGACAUUUAAAAAUUAGUAAUCUUCAAGUUGUAUAUCAUUUGUGUUGGAUACUCUAAUUUGAAGGCAAAUUCUGUACAGUUUUUAAAAUUAUUUGUCAGCAGUGAACAUUAUACCUAGCCUAAUGUACCAAAGAAUGAGAUAUGACAAUCUGACCUUGAUUGCCUAUAAGUGAUAACUGCACUUAAAAUGACCUGUUAGCUAGAAAUUUCCAGCCUGCACAUUCAAAUUCCAGACUCCAAGUCACGUUUUUUAUGUGUGUAAAAGCUUUAGCAUUUUAAGGAAAAAAUAACCUUUACUUAAAAAAUAAACUUUAAGGUUUGAAAUGAUAGUGAUAGCAAUAAUGAUAAUACUAACAUCAAUUGAUGUUUGGCUUAACUGUAUCUUGAAUUAGAACGAUUCCAGAACAUGAAAGAAUUUGUCAAGUCAGUACUCUAGAGGCUCUUUCUAUGCAAGUUAGCUGCUGGAGAAUUAGCUAACCAAGCUCUCUAAGAGUUGUGAGCAUUUCACCUAAUGGCACCACCAGCUUCAGUGUAAAUCAAUCAGAGGCCUAAAAGAGCAGGUGAUUCUGACAGUAGUCAAUCUAGAUUCAAAAGAACACAUGGGAUGGUCUUAAACAUUAUUUCUUGUCAUGUAGAAGAAUUUAUGAAUUAUUUUCCACUAUCUUCAUUCCUCUCAUUGAGGCUUUUCUAUCUGCCCAAGAUUCCCUCUUGCUGACAUCUAUAUCAAGGCAACAGUGAUACCAACCACUGAUACUUUUGUAACCUACUGUGUACUACUGAUUCUUCUGCACCCUACUGAUCAUAUUGCAUCCUGCUGGUCCUUUUGUAUCCUACUGUGACCUACAGAACCUUCUGCAUCCUCCUGUGCCCUACCAGUCUUUUUUACCCUACUGAUAUUUUUGUAUCCCACUACAUCUAUUGAUUCUUGUGUACCAACCCUCUGUCGACUGGUACUCUCAGCCACCGAUAACCAAUAGUACCUGUUUUUGCACUGGCUCUCACCUCUUCCAGACCGUACAGUUCUGUGUGUUUUUUUUUUUAAUUUUUUUGCAUAAAAAUAAAACCAAAUCCAUCCAGUGUAGAUACCAUAGUUAUUCACUUGAGCAUAAAAGAACACUGCAAAGCAACUGACUUCAUAUAUUAAUAUAAAAAUUCAGACCUUGUUUGCAUCUGUGGUUGCUGCUGGAGAGAGGCUCAUUGGAGCAAAACUAUGGGAAGGAAACUACUGAAACUGGUGGAGAGGGUAGAUAGUAGUGGGUUCCGUUGGUGGGAAAACUAUGAGUAUUUUCAAGCAGAUGUUGUUUCUCUUAUCAACAUUUUAUUUUUUGUACCCUGCUUAUUUGAUGUUUAGGUUACUGUGACUUCUUCAAAGAGUAGUGAAUGUUUCCACUUUUAGGUCUAUAUUUUUCAAUGACUAUUCUGUAAAAUUGUCAAUGUUCAAUAGAAUAUUUAGUAAUAAAUUAAGAAUUACACUUGAGAGUAUUUUCUAAUGAAUGGUGACAUAUGCAAGUGAACAAUCUGCUUCAAAAAAUAGGAACAAAAGAUGAUGAUUUAUAUGUAAGUCAGUAUGGAAAAUGACAAAAAUGACUCUAAGAAUAGCCACUCCAACAUAAUGGAAUCACUGCUUCAUCAGUUUUUUCCCAGUUUCUGAAGAUCUACCACAGGAAAAUAUGCUCAUAUGUUGGCAUUGUUUUACUGUAAGGACAACUGCUAGUGUUCUAGGCAGGCAUCUUAUUAUGGCUACUUAAGACAAAGUGACCAAAAUGAGUUUACUUGUGAAUAAUCUUUUCCAGUCUUCCUUCUUUUUUAUUCUCCUCUAAUAUAAACAAGCUUAUUGUCUUUUUCUCAUAUUAGCACAUCGAUUUUUUUUUUGCUCAAAUGUUUUCAUCACUAGAUGAAAGAAUUUUAGUUCUUCCUGAUGAUGCUUUUGGCUCUUGGGUAUCCAAUCAAACUUGCUGUUUCAUACUGGCUUUUGGAAUUUCAGGCUGAUAUAAUGCCAGAGAGGGAAAUGUACAUAUUUGCCACACCUUUGUUAAAAUAGAAAAUCCCCGAUCAGCAGUGAUCUAAACAUAGAUAUUUACAGUCUCAUAUUGCAAGAAAUCUUGAGGUGAUAAAUUCAGGUUUGAUUGAAAUUCAUGUUUGAUACAGCCAAUCAGUGAUGUCAUUGAUGUUUUUCUUUUAAGAUUUAUUUGAAAGUUUGAAUGAUGAGACAGAGAGAGUGAAGGAGGAAAGGAAGAAGGGAGGAAGGGACGGGAGAGGGAGAGAGUGUGUGUACAUGCAGGUGUUCUGGACAAGAAGACAGCACAAGUAGACAAUAGAUUAUCAAGCAGUUUUUCAAGGCUAUAGUUAGAAUAUAAAUGAAGAUAUUGAACUUUGUCUUCAUAAAUCAUAAUUUGGUUUUAUACUUUGUGUUAGCAUUCCCCCCCUUGAGACUGCUUAUUACACAAGUGUUCUUGAAUGUAUUUAUCCUUUACUCAAAUAAUAUAAUCCACUUUUAGAACCAAGGAAAUUGAUUUUGGUCCCAAGUUUCCAGUGAUAUUGACUGUCUUGGUGGCCUGUAAUUGAGUCUCUUUGAAUUGAUUGUAUAAGGGACUUCUGCUUCUUUCUAUCUAGCUAGAUAAAUAUGUGAUAUCUUUUUGCUAUUUAAGACCCACUGAAAUGACAAGUAAUGCCAGUGAAGGCACCUUUACAUGAGAUCCUGCAUCCCAGCCUGACUCUCUUCAAAAAAUUAAUGGAAAAUGCAUAUAUUGAAAAAAAACUAUGCAUGGAUUUCAAAUUGUUUUGACCCAAAAUAAACUAAUAUUUUACUUCCA